AAACAUUGCUGGAAAACAAGAAACACUGGUCUACGUUGGUGAGGAGGAUGAACUCAGGCAAUGGCACCAGGAAGAAAGUUGGCAGGCAGCAUCAGCAUCAGCAUCAAGUGAGCAAGAUGACGGCUUGUGAUGCUGAAACGCUGACUGAGAUUAAUGGUCUAUUCAGUAAAUUUAAAACCUAUGUCAAACCGUCCAACGGCGAGUGGUGCCUCCCAAAUACCAGCGUCACCUUCAGACAUUCUGCAAAAGUUCAAAAUUGCCACCUUCAAGCCCUGAAGGUGUCACUUAAUGCUGUGAAGAACCAGCUCAGUGAUAAGAACAUCCAAGUGUGGCAUCAGCACACCAACUCCACCAACCGUGCUGGGAAGGUCAUCGCCGCCGUGCGAUCCACUGGCAACGCAGAAAUCUGUACUCAGGCUUGGUGCAAGUUCUAUGAGAUCCUUGGAACCUUCUCUCCUCUUCCUGAGGUGGCACUCCACUCCGGGGAACUAAACACGGUUCACCUGUGUGAAGCGCCUGGGGCUUUCAUAAGUGCGCUGAACCACUACAUCAAAACCAACAAGUCAACACGCUACUGUGACUGGAGCUGGGGUGCCAACACGCUCAACCCAUACCAUGAGGCCAACGCCGGAGGCACGACCAUCGCAGAUGAUCGGUUAAUCGCCAACACUCUGCCAUGGUGGUUCUUUGGCUCAGAUAACACGGGCGACAUCAUGGUCCAGAAGCACCUCCUGGAAUUGCAGACAUUUGUAGCGAACAUGCGCAGAGUUGAUCUGGUAACGGCAGAUGGUAGUAUUGACUGUCAAGAGAACCCCGAUGAGCAAGAGGCACUGGUGGCACCAUUGCAUUACUGCGAGGUCACUGCCGCUUUGCUGCUUCUGAGCCCCAGCGGCUCCUUUGUGCUUAAAAUGUUCACCCUGUACGAACACUCUUCCAUCUGCUUGCUCUACCUGCUCAACUGCUGUUUCCGCUCUGUCAGCGUCUUCAAACCUGCUACGAGCAAAGCCGGGAACUCUGAGGUUUACGUUGUUUGCCUCGACUACAACAACAAGGAAGCUGUGAGGCCCCUGCUCUCCAAACUCAUUCGGAAUUACGGACCAUAUCUAGCGGAAAGGGAUGCGCUUUUCCCAGAAUCCUCAAUCCCAGCGUCAUUCCUCACACAGCAUGAGGAGUUGUGCCUGUACUUUCACACUCUGCAGGUGGACACCAUCACAGAAAACUUGAGAUUGUUUGAAGGAAUGAGCGCAGAGCAGAGGGAGAGGCUUGAUUACAUCAGGGAUUUUACGGCUCAGGAAUACCUGCAACGAUUCCAGGUUACGUUCCUCCCUCGAAGUCGAUGGAUCUCCCGUAACACCAUCAGCCCCGCCUGCUGUCGCGUCUCUGCAGGCCACCCUCUGGGACAGAAGAAGCAAACAGGCUCCUUCAAUGAGCGGAGGAAAUUGCAAUCCCUGAGCUGGAGGGAUCGCGUGGAGAGGGGUUGCCAUGCCAGAUGGAUACAGCAACACAGCAGUGCAACCGAUGGGGUGGCCUGUGUGCUGCAAGGACCCCUGAUUGGCUAUCAUGUGGAUUCCUGGUAUGUUAUUGUCGGUGCUGCACUGCCUGCAGUCAAAAACUCUCCAUUCUGUCCUGGACUCUUGUUAAAUCACUUGAAUGAAACCCAGGUGUCUUCAUCUGAAAACUCUCGAACAGCAGACUUGAAUCAGCUGUCUCCCUGUGAGUCAUGCCACGUGUUUAGUGCCACCUCCAUUUUGUCGGACACGGCAGGUCUUUGCAGUGACAAUGAAAGCAACAAAAAGAAAAGGCAGUGUCUGGUGUUUGGCAGCCGUUCGAUGUGGGAAACUAGUGGCGACCUUAAUGGGGAUUUAGUCGUAACGUUUCCAUCGGAGUGUCCUAAUCCUCAAGGAGGCUGUAGCAUACUGCACGAUGCGGAGCCACAGUACCAGCAUCAACUCGUGAGCUGCAUUGUAUUGUCACUGCAGAGGCUGACGUCUGGAGAUGCACUGCUAUUGCCUGUGUCGUCUGCACUCACCCGUGUCUCGGCUGCACUUGUGUUCUGCUUGCACGCUUGUUUCCGCUAUAUGACAUUCAGGUCCCCGCCUCCUUCCGGCUUGGUCGGAGCAGUCCUUGUGUGCGUCGGCUUUUGCCCUCAAGCCGCAAGCCAAAUACUCCCAGUGCUGCUUGAUGUCCAGAACUGUAUUAGUGGGCUGCUAAAAGGAAACGAUACAGGCCAAAGUCAGUCUAAGUGUGACACACAGGUGCUCCAAUUUGUGCCAAUGGAUGAGAUGCUCACUGGAGGAUUGACUGACUUCUUGUGGACAAUGAACUCUGAAAUCAUUCGUCACAGGCUGCAUUUGCUCAUGCAGGCAUAGGACGGACUUUAAGAAACCUUAUUUUAUAUUAUAUUUUACUUUGGGAUCACAAAAUACAUUUUGGGAUGCAAUGCAGAGAGAGGUUUAGCCCAUAAUCCAGACGCAUUGAAACCUCUCGGGUCAAAAUCAAUUCAUUAUGAUCCUUCUUCAUAUAAUAAUAAUAAUGGAAAUAGACUUAGUCUUUUACAGGGUUAAACUGUCGCCAUUGUACAACCUUCUUAACUGUACAGGCAAUGUUACAUUUUAACAUUGUUUUUCUGCAAAUUAGAGAUGCUCCGCUAAAUCAUCCACCAAUCAGUAUAGGCCAAUUUCUGUUAUUGUUAAUUUCUGAUAUGCCGCUAAAUGCUUUUCAGCGCCGAUUACCUAUGGCUAGUACUACUGCAGCCCUCCGCCAUCCAUGAGUGCAGUGUAGUGUCUUUCCCUAAAUAAUGUGGCCAAAAAAACAACAAUCAUGUCUGCCAUGUGGAACUUAACUGCCAACACAUGCCACAAAAACUAAGUUGUGGGAAUAGCAUGUUAAAAAGUUUUAAUUUGAUACGGCAUUUGAAGAACAAACACUUGACAGAGUAUGGUGAGUUUUUGAGGCUCAUCAGUCAAACGGUAGCCAACACAACACAAAAUGACCAGCCUGGAAGACACUGGAUUUGCCGAGUGUUGUCUCACUUAACCUGGAAGUCCUGCUAGAGCUCCACCAAUGUAUUCCUACAUCCAGAUCUCCUUAAAGAAGUCUUCCCUGUAACUUUCACGAAUGCUUGACGUUCUUAGAAAAGUUUCUUCAUAUCAUGCAGCCAUUCAAUUCAUGAUGCCCCCUUCUUCUUUAUUAAUUAAUUGCUAAUUAAUUUUUGCGUCCCUUGGUAGCCAAGGGACCUUGAAAUUGUCCUGACUUUCCCCCUUUCCUAAAGGGACUCUAUGCAACUCUCUCCAAACUGCAUUUUGUUUUAAACCCAAAAAUAUAAGAACACCAUCACCAUAUCGUGACCAAUCGUGGUAUAAAAGAACAGCUUGUGUGUUCUGUCGGCGUACUCAAAACAGAAAGAGUUGGAAUGUUGGCGAUUCCAUACAGCUGCAUACAGUUCAGUCCCUUGAAUGCUUUGAAUAUGAGUGUGCUUACUUCACAUACGUACUUGGAUCUUAUUUUAUUUUCUUCAUCUCCUCACGGUCAUCUUCUCCUAACAACACACGAUGAGAGUGUGCCUGAUUUGCGAAUAAAGACAUGAAAGACACACGAAAGCAAAGCUAAAGCUUUUUGAUUGACCUUUUUUGGAUUUAAAUUUCAACUGUUGUUGCUUGUGGGCAUUUGACUUUAGAGGUUCCAUUUUGUUACAGUAUAUUUCUAAACUGACUCAAAAAUUGUGUGUGAGGUGAUAAUUUUUCUAAAGUAUAUAUGUAUAUAAUUUUUUUACUCUGAAUCAAAAUGAUUGAAAUUAAUGUUUGAGUUCGAUUCCACCCUCGGGCAUCUCUGUGUGGAGUUUGCAUGUUCUUCCCGUGCAUGUGUGGAUUUUCUCCGGGUACUACGGUUUCCUCCCACAUUCCAAAAACAUGCUAGGUUAAUUGUCGACAAAUUGUCCAUAGGUAUGAAUGUGAGUGUGAAUGGUUGUUUGUCUAUAUGUGCCCUGUGAUUGGCUGGCGACCAGUCCAGGGUGUACCCCGCCUCUCGCCCGAAGACAGCUGCGAUAGACUCCAGCACGCCCCCAAACCUUGUGAAGAUAAGCGGCAUAAAAUGAAUGAAAGAAUGAAAGUGCUGGAUACGGUAGCAAUAUUCUUGCAAUUUUGUUUGGAUUAAAAGCAAAAUAAACUUACAAAGUUGGGA